AUGCUGUAUCGUCUAACAUCCUUUGCAUCCACGGUCGCGGCAGUUGUAGCUGUACCGGCCAGUAUCUAUUCUCGGGCACCCAGCAGCUCUAGAGCUGUAAUCAUUCAAAUGUUUGAGUGGAAUUGGGAUAGCAUAGCAACAGAGUGUACCAACUUCAUCGGCCCAGCUGGAUAUGGUUUCGUUCAAGUCUCUCCGCCUUCGGAACAUGUCGUCGGCUCACAGUGGUGGACCGAUUACCAACCAGUGUCAUACACACUAACCUCCAAGCGGGGUAAUAGAAGCCAGUUUCAGAAAAUGGUGGCUACAUGCAAGAAUACCGGAGUUGGGGUGAUUACAGACACCCUAUUCAACCACAUGACCGGCAUGGAGAGCGGAACUGGUGUGGCGGGCUCUACAUUCACCCACUACAACUAUCCUGGUAUCUAUCAGAAUCAGGAUUUUCAUCACUGUGGCCUAGAACCAGGGGAUGACAUCGUGAAUUACAAUAGUCGUAUUGAAGUUCAGACAUGCGAAGUAUUCAAUAAUUUGGCCGACCUGGCAACUGAGACAGAAUAUGUCCGCAGUCGACUUGCAGCCUAUGCCAACGAUCUAUUGUCACUGGGUGUAGUAGGAUUCCGGCUUGAUGCCGCAAAGCACAUUCCUGCUGGCGAUAUUGCCAACAUCCUUGGUCGAUUGAGCUCUAAGCCGUAUGUCACACAAGAGGUAAUAUUCGGAAGUGGAGAGCCGAUCUUACCGUCAGAGUACACCGGAAACGGUGAUGUUCAGGAAUUCCGUUAUACAUCCACGCUCAGAGAUGCAUUCCAGAAAGGUGGCAUUUCAGGAUUGAAUGGAAUUGAGAAUCGAGGGUGGAUUCCUUCCAACAAAGCCAAUGUAUUUAUCUCAAACCACGACACCGAGCGGACAGAUGGUGCUUCGCUCAACUACAAGUCGGGAUCUAUAUAUACACUUGCACACGUCUUCAUGCUUGCCUACCCAUAUGGAACUCCGACUAUCUUAUCAUCCUACACAUUCUCGGACAACGAUGCGGGCGGCCCAUCAAACGGAGUUGGCUCUUGCUCUGAUUCUGGGGGUGCGAAUGGUUGGCAAUGCCAGCACCGGUGGGCUGCCAUCACUGGAAUGGUCAAGUGGUACAAUGGAGUGACUGGAAGUGUCAAUAAUUGGGUUAUUGGCACCAAUCAACAAAUAGCCUUUGGACGUGGAUCGAGCGGAUUCGUAGUAAUCAACAAUGCCGAUUCGUCCUGGACAAAGACAUUCACUACACCCCUCACCGCAAAUACUUACUGUGAUAUGAUUUCUGGAGGGGCGAGUGGUGGCAAAUGUACGGGAUCGCAAUAUACGAUUUCAGGUGGAACAUUCACUACUACUAUUCCCGCAAAAUCUGCAGUUGCACUUUUCACCGGGGCUACCGUGGGUGGAGCUUCCGUGACGGUAGCUUUCCGAGUGAACGCGGAGACGGUUUAUGGUGAUAAUAUUUUCUUGGUCGGAAGUACCUCACAGCUUGGCGCUUGGACACCCGGUAGCUCAAUCCCCAUGUCCUCGGCCUCCUAUCCUGUAUGGUCUACGAGUGUGGAUAUGAUAGGAGGAACCUCUUUCUCCUACAAGUAUAUUCGUAAAACCUCGAACAGCUCGGUGGUGUGGGAAUCAGAUCCCAACCGUAUUGCUACUGCCCCUUCUUCUGGCACUUCAACGCUUAAUGACUCAUGGAGGUAA